UAACUGUCUCCCAGCCGUCUGUUGUGGUCAAAUAUCGAUCGGUGACUUAGCAGUGGCUAUACAAACACGGAAAAUGUUUUCUACUGCUUUUAAGCAAUACUUGAAAGUGUUUAUAAGCUUCUAUUAAUAGUUUGGUACCAUAUAUACAAGUUCUUCCUGGGGGUGCUAACAAAGAAAUUUGAAACUGCACAACUUUAGGGAGUUCAGUAGUUUAUAAUUAUUCAGACCUUUUCUUUUCUUUUUUUAUUGCAGUCACAGCGGAGCGCCUGUCACAAUUGAGGUAAAUAUAAAUGUUAAUGGCGACUUCGAAGUCGUUUUACUGCAGAAACCUUCCCAAAUGUCUGGUUGAUUAUCGUUCUAAUGAAUCCAAAGUUCGACUUGUUCGCAGUUUAUCAAAGGGAACAGCCGUUCCUUUUCUCUCUCUCUCCUCGUGCUUUAAUACCCAGUCUGAGCCGGCCUUUUGUGGACUGUCCACGCUUGCUAUUAUCUUAAAUUCACUGAGAAUCGACCCUCAAAGACUUUGGAAGACUCCAUGGAGGUGGUUUUCAGAGGAGCUUUUACAUCGCUGCCGUCCUUCAGAGGCCGUUAAGAACCGUGGUGUCACAAUGGAAGAGUUUCAGUGUCUUGCAGCUUGUAAUGGAGCCUUAUGCAAGUUAGUCAGACCAAAAGGCAACGAAAAAGACUUCAAAAUGUUUUCAAAGGCACUUUUCUGUACUUGUACUGGAGGCAGAAACUUAAACUGUGAGAAGAAAGACUUGAACUGCUACGAACGAGAGAAUAUCACUUGCGAAAGUGAGAAUUUUGAUGAAGAGAAUCCAAGUACAUAUAUGGCAAUAUCAUUUAACCGCAAGGUCCUGAAUCAGACAGGCACUGGCCACUACAGUCCAGUCGCUGCCUAUGAUGAGGAAUCUAACUCUGCUUUGAUUCUGGAUACUGCUAGGUUCAAGUAUCCACCAUACUGGGUUUCUUUGCAAGUUCUUUUUCAGUCUAUGCUUGCUGUAGAUGACACAACCGGGAAAAGUCGUGGUUAUUUCUUGAUUACUCCAAAAAAUGAAUUUCAAGGUAGACGUGUUUGCUGUGUUUGGAAAGAGCUACAUGCUUCAUAGUGAAAAGGAGAACUUCACCCAAUGUGCAGGUUAAAACAGACAUAUAAAUUUGUCUUUUUAAAGGAUCAAGGACAAUGUCCUGUAUACAGUGUUUGCCUUCAAAAUAUGGAGUUUAGUUUGUCAAACAUUUGAUAUAUGUUGAUAUUAUAAUAGUGGUCCCAAUUAUGCCGUAAAAUUCAUGCCUUGUAAGGUCAGUACUUUAUGUAAAACCUCAUGAAUUGGCACUACUACUAAAAUCUCUUAAAGGUUUUAGUGUUAGGGUUAGGCUUGUUAUAGGGUCUUUUAUAAGUUAAGGACUAACCCCUACCAGUCUGCAAAGUCUCCAUGAUAAUUUAUUCAGGUAAAUACUAAUACAUUUAAAACUCAGGCUCCAUGAGUUUUCUCCUGUAAUAUAUCACCUGAUGAAA